UGUGUUUGAAAGCGAGGCCAAAGAGGGUGGGAGCGCGUGCUGCUGGGAGUUGUCUGGAGGCCAGCGGCGCGGGGCUGAGCGCCCUCGGGCAGAGCCGUUAUGUCGCACAAACAAAUUUACUAUUCGGACAAAUACGACGACGAGGAGUUCGAGUACCGGCAUGUCAUGUUGCCCAAGGACAUAGCCAAGCUGGUCCCUAAAACCCAUUUGAUGUCUGAAUCCGAGUGGAGGAACCUUGGUGUGCAGCAGAGUCAGGGAUGGGUCCAUUACAUGAUCCAUGAACCAGAGCCUCACAUCUUACUGUUCCGGCGGCCACUACCCAAGAAGCCAAAGAAAUGAAGCUGGCGAACCAACUUUCAGUCUCAAGCUUUACACAGCUGUCCUUACUUCCUACCAUCUUUCUGAUAGCCUGAUUGUGUUGCUUUCUUAUUUUCCACUUAGAUAUUUAAAGGAUGUUCAUUCGAUACACUGUUUGAAUGUGCUGUACCUGCAUUGCUUCUUGAGUUGAGCCACCAAUGCCACAGCCUUGUCAGAUGAGUGUGACCUCAAGCCCUAGUGUGCUCUGUAUCAGCACGCCAUAAUCGCCAUCUCUCAGAAGCAUGUGAAAUCAGAUCAUGGGUCUUACAGAGAUGGUGUGAAUUUGCUGUUGUGGUUUUCACUAUUGGGUAUUGUAUUUAUGGUGACUUAGGGAUUUAUGUCUCAAUGUAUUGGAAACUUUCCAUUUUAUCUGACAGAUCUCUUCCAUGUUAUAAGCCUUGAUUAAAGGAAGUUUUUAUAAUCUAA